AAGGGUCGGCAGGCCCAGGGAGAGCCAUGGAUUUCGAUGUCGAUUGGAAUGGCGAAGCCGAACGGGUCACAGUGGUGGAUUCUGCUCAGGCGGCUGAACGGAUCAUCGGAUCUUGUUGUGCGACCAGCGAGCCAUGCUUUGUUGGCUUUGAUACCGAAUGGGGGUCGCAGGGACAGGUGGCUCUGGUGCAGUUGGCAACUGAGUCCAUGUGUCUCCUCUGCUUACUUCCUGAGGUUUCGCUUCAUGACUGUCCUUCUCUAAUGGCGAUGUUGGCCAAUCCCCACUAUAUCAAAGUGGGAGUUGCAGUUGUUUUGGAUGCAGAUUUGCUGAAAGAGCAGUUCAAGAUUGAAGUGAGAGGUUGCCUGGAUUUAUCCAGGCUUGCUGCCCGCGAGGGAGAGGUUUCCAGCUCCCAACCCCUCGGUUUAGCAGCCUUGACCCAGCUGCUGUUGGGCCUUGAGUUGUCCAAAGAUCCAGCGAUCCGUCGUUCCAAUUGGGGACAGAGGCCAUUGUCCCAGCAGCAGUUGGAGUACGCUGCCAGGGAUGCUUUGGCCGGUCGGGACUGUGCCCGCAUUUUGGCUCGAAAGUGCCGGCCUCCUGAGGUGCAGCUUCUUCAUUGGUGCCAGGACUUGCUCGACAAGAAUAGUGGCACCAUCAAACCCGGCAAGAUGAAAAAGGCGACAGCUGAGGAGCCCAAUGGGCUGGAAUCCCUUCGGAGCAAAGCUACACUGGAGUGCGGUGCCUACUCGUGCGUCACAAAGUUUGGAUUGCGACCGGUCUUUGGGAGUGAUGGUGAGCAGCUAUUGCACAUGAAGGAUCGCACGGUGGAAGGAUUAUUGAGGCGGGGGAUGGCAUCAAUAUGUCAAGAGGGCGAUCUGGAGAUUGUUCAGUUGAACUUUACUCCAACAGAUCACUAUGCCUAUGCCGGGCUGGAUGCUGCUGAAAGGAAUGCAUGUGUCGGCUGUGCAUCUUAUGGUGUUGCCCGUUAUUACAUCAUUCCAAGAGUGUUCUUUGCACACCUUCCCCGGCAGUGCAAGUCCUACAACUGUCAUGACGUUGUGAUGCUGUGUCCCAAAUGCAGAGCCAUAGCUGAGCCAGAACAAUUGUCGUUGACGCAAGAGUUGUUUGCUGCACAUGGUGCACUUCGUGCGGGAUCCAUGUAUGCCAAUGAGAAUUUCUUAAACCCGCAGCAAAUAGCCGCCAAGAAGGCGGCCAUUACCCUCAAGAAGGGCGACAAGGGGAAAGGCUUUCCGGCUGCCAAGUUGAACGCUUUACAGGAAGCAGUGGCCGCGGGACUUGGGAUGUCAGCUUCAGAUCUUGGGGAUGGCCAUUUGUCGAUGGCCGAGAAAUUGGGCAGCGGCAGCUUGCCAAGUGAACGCGUGGUGCAAGCUGCAGCCUCCUCCCCCGAAUCUCUCCGUGAUUUCCUGCGGUCUUGGAGGGAAUGUUUUGUGAAUGCCUUGAAGCCUCAGUACUUGGCGGAGGGCUGGAGUUUGGAUACAGGUCUUGAUGGACGCUUCAUCCCAUCGGUCGCAUCUUCCUUGGAAUGGCCUGGUGACUGGCGCUGCAGCUCCUGCGGGGUGCAUUGCUUUGGACGCAGUGACCGCUGCAGGUGCUGCCAGACACCAAAGCCAGGCCCAGACAACGUCUCUGCUGGCUGAAAGUUUUCUUCAGGCACUUGGGAGGGACGCCGAAGAUACGGAGUUCUCGAAGGCAUUCAAGGCAUUCAAUUUUAAAGGGAUGGUAGUCUUCAAUAUUCUUUCAACACGCCGGACCCAAUUUCACCGUACCUAAUCAGGGUUGAUUGCGGGAUUCACAAUGGCUGUUUUGAUUCACUUAUUUGUGGCAAUUUGCAGCUUCAGUGACGAGAUGGUACCGCAGUUUUGCACCAAGCGAGGUACCCACACAAGGUGUGAACCAUGGUGAACCAGCUCAAGGUCUGUGUGGUGUGCAGCUCAGCCACCUCUUCCAUUGAGCCUUGAACAUCCCCCAGCGGCCCCAGCGCCAUCCCUCAGCUGCGCCACUGCGCCUGGAGAAGAGCGACAUUCUGCCGAGACGGACGAACAACAAAAGGAUCCAAGGGUCGAAA